AUGAAGGGUAAUGGAAAUAUGAUCCGUAGAGGAGGAUGGACAAAACCUGCAUCUGGAGUCUACAAGCUAAAUGUGGAUGCUGCUUAUGAACCAGAGACGGGGAGAGGAGCAACCGGUGCAAUUAUAAGAGAUUCCAGAGGAAAUUUUAUUGCGGCCUGCUGUGAGUAUAAUGACCAUGCAAUUGACGUGGCAACAAUGGAGGCCUUAGCCCUUUUGAAUGGACUAAAACUGGCAGAGCAGUUUGGAGCUCAGUCUCUAGCUGUAGAAUCUGACUCGAUGGAGGUGGUGGAAGCUGUCCGAGAUCCAUCGGAAUAUCGAGGAACGGGAGCGGUGAUUAUUGAUGACUGCAGACAUCUGUUAACGGUGCUUGGUAUGGCGACGUUCACACAUUGCCCGCGAGAAGCUAAUGAGGUUGCACACUCGUUGGCUCGCCAUGGUUACACCCAGGAAGUUAGGGAGUUUUGGUUUUCUGAUCCUCCCCCUUUUCUAGAUCCUGUUCUUAUUUCUGAUCGGGUGAUCAUUUUAGAAGCUGUUGUUGGAGAGGAGCCCUCCAAGAAAACCUGCGUCGCCUCGGGAUCUACCUCCUCACCCUCCUCGGGAUGUCAUGAUUGGGAUUACCCUCUGGACAGCCUGCUCCAUCAAAUCAUAUCUCUCAUUAGCUCAUUCCAUGACCUCCUUGCUUUCAGAGGCACCUGCCGCUCUUGGCGCGCUGCGGCCUCUUCCUUCCCAUCCGUGUAUACCUUCACCUUCCCACCUCUCCACCUCGAACCAGAUAUUAGCCAUGGAGUUUUCAACUAUAAACCUAAAUGGAAGCUUGUUGACCCUGCCAAGAGAGCUUUAUCCCUUCGCUUUUCAGCGCCCAGAAUUAAUCCAUGUCGCAUGUGCUAUCUGGGCUGCUCGUAUGGGUAUCUUAUUUUCUCCGACCGGGAGCACUGCCAUCUCCUCGAUGUGUACACUGGUACUAAGGUGAGGCCUCCCAAACUCCAAUCCGAUGGCAGCUCUUUGAUCUACUAUGGCUUCCUUGUGGCUCCGCUCACCUCACCCAACUCACGUCUCACCCUUUUAUCGAGGACCUCCAUGUUCCAGUGGCAAGUUGGAGCGAAUUCCUGGACAGAGCACCCUCUUGUUGGUGAACCCAUCCAUCAGAUUGUCUUCUUCAAAGGUCAGAUGUUUGCCAUGGACUUUGUUCAGAGGCUACAUACCAUACGCGUCGUGCCUCAACUCAGCAUACAGGAAGUAGCAGUUGUGUGGGAAGAGGGCAUGCUUGUUGGCCUGCAUUCUAAGCCAUGGCUGGUGGUCUGUGGUGACAUGCUUCUCUUGGUUGAUCUCUCAGUAAGCACGGACCUACUGUUUGGCUUCCCUGGCACCUUACGAGUCUUCCGCCUCGACUUUUCGGACGAACCAGCUAAGUGGGUGAAGAUGGAGAAGUUGGACAAUUGGGCUCUCUUUCUUGCCAAUGAUAGGAGGAACCCCACAUUUUCGUGCAUGAACCCCGAAAGAUGGGGAGGAAAAAGUAACUAUAUUUAUGUUCCGACGGCAUCCCAAGAUUCUGACGAGCCAUGGACUGCAAUAGAGGUUGGACAACCAGUGCCAAACUCAACUCACCGCUUGUCAUUCAGUUCUGCGGCCACUGCCCAUUCCAGUCCACUAAAUAGCCUCUGGGUGCUCCCCAGUUUGGUUUUCGGAGUUUGCCAAUAAUUGUUCAUCGUUGGUUGUUUCAGUAGUAGUUGCAGUUGUAGGGUUUUUAACUUUUUAUUAGUCUUUUACAACACAAACACUAUCAACUGCUCGUUUUAUAUGGUUUACUUAGUCACUAGGUUCUUGUAACUUCCA